AUUCGCAUCUGCAAGUUGUUAAAUUUGUUCUCCCAAAGCCGUUAAUGAAUCGCAGUUAAAACCAUGGCUAGUAGUGAUUCUGAAAGUGAAACAACCGAUUCAGACAGCUCCUCAGAGUUGGACGUCGGCAGCAAGCGAUUUAAUCCGCUAAAAGCGCUAUAUUCUGGCAAUAUGAAAGUGCCUGUUGCAACUGCCCGGCUACACGAUAACGUUAGCGUACUGGAAUCAAAGCAAACCAUAUUGGGCGGCUUCGCGGAACCGUUUGAUGAAAAUCGGCUUAAGCAAAUACGUUCUGCCACCAGUUUGAGUAAAUCAAAAGCGGAACCAACAAACCUGUUACCGCAAAGAAGAUUUCUUCCAGAGCAAGGUCCAGUAAAGUAUGUGAAAUCGGCACGACAUACCAAAAACAUCUUUCUCCGGAUGGAAAAAGGUUUCCAAGGACCAUUGGCGUUAAUGUUAACUUGGAUGAACGAACGGAGACGCGUCCGUGUGUACGUUCGCAAACAGAAAGGGAUUCGGGGCCAUAUUACGGGUGUGAUUGAACUGUUUGACAAACACUGGAACAUGGCCAUUAGCGAUGUGUGUGAAACGUGGACCAGACGCAAAUAUCGUUACAGCCAGAACAACCAGCAUCCGGACAGUUUGCCAUCCCCAGCUGACUGCAGCGAGCGAUUGAGGCGGCUCGGAAUUGUUCUCCCCAAAACAAAGCACUUCCUGUGUCAAAAUUUGAAUACCUGCAGCGAACCGAUGCAACCGUUACAGUUUAAGCUUCAAGUUCAAUGCCCCACACGGGGCUUAUAUCGACCACCAUCGAACAACGUGACGAAACUCUAG